AUGGGACCUACAAGAAGAGAAUCAGACGUCGAAAAUAUUCCGGAAGUGGAGGAAUUCCCAAAACCAAAAGGCUUCGGAAAACGGUAUAACCAGGUAUUUCUGCUUGCGGCCAGUUUCUUUUUAUGUUACGCCAUGCGAGUAGUAAUGAACGUAACAAUUGUGGCCAUGACAAGCGAAUCUGCUAACCCAAGAUACGAUUGGAGCGCGAAAGAGGAAAAUUUAGUAUUGAGUACCUUUUUCAUGGGGUACGUAAUGACUCAAAUACCUGGAGGAAUGAUUGCUCGAAAAAGGUUCGGUCAAUUCUUUUUUGGACUGUGCGUGGCCUUAUGCGGUGUCUGCACUAUGUUAAUUCCGUUUGUGGCAUCUCAAGGAGUGUGGUGGGUGUGCGGAUGUAGGAUUGUAAGUGGACUAUGCCAAGGAGUUGUGAUGCCUACGUUGCAUACCUUCCUUUCCAAUUGGGCUGCAGAAAAAGAAAGAUCAACAUUCGUUUCAAUAGUGUACGGCGCGGGCUGGUUCGGAAAUGUUUGUUCCUUCUUCUCCACCGGACUUAUUUCUUCAAUUGACCCAAAGGGGUGGGAGUAUUGUUUUGAAUUAUGGGGAGGAAUCACCCUUUUGUGGGCAAUUGGUUGGAUGUUCUAUGGACGUGAAAGCCCCAACCGUCAUUCGUCGAUAUCUGUCGAAGAAAAAAAUUACAUAAUGAAUUCGCGAAAUCACGAAGAAAAAGCGCCUGGACCUUUUCCCUGGAAAUCCGUACUAUCGUCUGGUCCAGUAUAUGCUCUUCUUGUAGCUCAAUGCUCUCAGACAUUUUGUUUUUGGAUGCUGGCAACCAAGAGUCCGGAAUACUUGGAUAAAAUAUUGAAAAUGGAUUUGACGACCAUCGGCACUCAUUCAGGCUUACCGUAUUUUACCGCGUUUGCAUUUAAUAUGCUGGUGAUUUGGCUCAAUCACAUGCUUGUGAAGAACGGAACUUUAACCACGAGGUCAUCACGUAUGUUGUGGAAUGGUUUUGGGAUGGUCGUGCCUGCACUGUGCAUAUUAGUUCUCGGCUACACUAACUCUGAAAAUUCAGUUUUCGCGAUAUUUCUAUUGUACAUCGGAAUAACAACAAAUAUUACGAUAUACAGUGGUCACCAUGCCAAUCAUUUAGAUCUUUCGACGAAUUACGCUGGACUUCUCAUGGCCGGUAUGAAUACCAUUGCUAAUUGUGGUGCCAUCGCUGCACCUUUAGUACAUGGCGCCAUCGUUACAGAUCCCACUGACCCAGAUCAGUGGAAAACUCUUUUCUCCUUAACAGCGGCCAUUUGGUUAAUAGGAGCUGUAGUUUUCCAAGUGUUUGGAUCGACUGAAAGGCAGCCUUGGGACGAUCAAUCUGCGGCUGUAGAAAAUGAUUCAAAAGCUGCGAAUCCCCAAGUCGAUUGUAACGAAAAUCAUAUUGAAUUAAGUAUUCGUGCAAGCGGAACUCAUACAAGCCCACCAGAAUCUGAUAAGUCUCAAACAUUGAUAACAUGA